AUGAAUCGUUUAAAAGAAUUCUUAAAAAAGAAGAAAGUGAAGGACAAUUUCAAGAAAGCUGGUCCAGGACGAAAAUUAAAUGACGGUACUGUGGUAGGUACAGGUUAUACAGUAAGUCCAACGAGUUCUGUCAGGAGAGAAGCCAGUUCAACUUCAAAGGGUGCAUUUUUGAUUAGUGAACGCGUCGCGUCAGCAGAUUUUGCAGCACAAGCAGCAUAUAAGAGGAUGAAUGUGGGAGUGAAACAGGAAACAGCUACACAGCGUAAUAUAAGACUUAAGGCACUGAGAGAACUGGAGAAAGAACGAGAGGAGGCCGACAUUUUGGCUGGCAAGAACGAACCAGCGAAGACGGACUACGUGGCCCAGACAGUUGAUGAACAGAGUUUUGAACAUUCGAAUGUGAUACAGAAUGUUUACUUUACAUGUGAACUGCUUGGUGAAGAGCUCAAGUUGACGAAAUAUGAGAUGCGGAAAAAAGUGGAAGAUUUCUUACGUUUACAACUGGAUGAUGAUGCUUUAGUGGCAUCUUCAUUGAUGAUUUUCUCGUUAAACGGAGAAAAACGGCAAAUAGCAUCUGAAACGCUUCAGAAGUAUGUGCAGAAUUUAAUUGAGCAUCCAGAAGAAACUAAGUAUCGACGUAUUCGCAUGUCUAAUAAAGCUUUAAAGGAUCGUGUAUUGUGUGUGAAGGGCGGAUUAGAAUUUUUACUGGCGUGUGGAUUUGAAGAAAAGUUAGAAUCUCUGGACAAUUCUACUCCUGAGAAAUUCUUAAUUAUAACGGAAGAGAAGGCAAUGGAUAUUGCGUCACUAGUCCAAGCUUUGGAGAUAUUGAGAGCAGGAGAACCAGUACCAUUGAAACUUUAUCGCGAUCCUGUGGUUUUCAAGGCAAGUGAAUUUGUGAAAUUAACGAAUGAGGACUUGUCACCUGAUUUUUUCCAACUAAGUGCUGAAGAGCUGAAGAAGGAACAGGCUGCCAAAACUUUGGAGGCAGAAAGGAUGUUAAUGUUGAGGACUCAGGAAAUGCGAAUACGUGAUGAAACUUUGCGGCGAUACACUUAUAAGUACACAGUGAUAAGGACAAGGUUCCCAGACGACUUCUUCCUGCAGGGUACUUUUGGGUGUUAUGAAAAAUUAAGUAAUGUUCGUGAAUUUGUGUCUCAACAUCUCGCACAACCCGACUUACCUUUAUUCAUUUUGAAAGACCCUGUUUCUGGCAAUAAUCUAAGCGAUGAAACAAAAACACUCGGCGAACUGAGUCUUGCUCCAGCUGCAGUAAUAAACUUUGAGUGGGAUCCUGAUGUUUUGGCAUCAUAUACGCAACAGGGAUUGCAGGUGACCGUUACUUUUUGA